AUGUCACUCUCGUUUGAAAUCAAUCCUCGCCUUUUAGUCGAUAUUCCCAAUCAAUCAAAUCGGAAUAUUGAAUCAAUCAAUGGUUAUCAACAAGAACAACUUCUAUCACUUGAAGAAGUUUGCCAACCAUUGCAUACUAUUCUUGGUACAGAACUUCAACUCUACAUAACUGUUGCUAAACUGAAUUCGAAAGAACCUAAACAUGGACUCACUCAAGAUGAAUCNGCGGGGUUCAUUUGUCCUUUAUCUGUGAAAUUUUGA